CCGGUCCCGUUCAGCUCUCUGCGGGCUCCUCUGGUAGUCAUGGACAUGUUGGGUUUGAUUGGCAGCUUGAUGGAUUGACACCCCACCUAACCCCAGCCCUGCUUAUUCACCAUGAACAUCCCAUACUACUACCAGGAGCAGGCCCAGGCUAUGGGCCUUCAUCCCAUGGAUUACACUCAGGAUCUACGCACGCUUGAGGGACCAUCAAUGUCUCAGGAGCCCAAGCCCGAGCCCGGCCUGCUGGAGGACUCUGCGGAGAGGUGCCCCGUGUGUGGGGACCGUGUGUCGGGCUAUCACUACGGCCUGCUGACCUGUGAGAGCUGCAAGGGCUUCUUCAAGCGCACGGUGCAGAACAACAAGCGCUACACAUGUGCGGAGAGACAGAGCUGCCCCAUGGACCCGGCCCAAAGGAAGAGAUGCCCAUCCUGCCGCUUCCAGAAGUGCCUGGCUGUUGGCAUGAAGAGAGAGGCUGUGCGGGCAGACCGUAUGAGAGGAGGAAGGAACAAGUUUGGCCCUUUGUACCGUCGGGACAGGCAGAUGAAGCAACGGAGAGACGUUUAUAACCAGCCCAACAGCGCGCCCUACAGGAUCAAACUGGAAACACAACCAGCUCAGCUGACGCCACUGCCCCAUGACUUCCACCUGCUGAGUCAUUCCAACCCCACACCUGCCGCUUUGCACCCGGACCCUUACCACCUUCCACAGCCACACACUCCCAGCAUGAGCCCAUCAGAGUUCCCCGUGCUGCUGGACUCCGCCAGGGACAGAGCACUGGCUCCCCCUGCCCACCCUCCAUACGCCAGCCUGUACCAUCGCCAUCCCCUGGAGAAGAGGCCCGUCUCAUUCAGCUGCAAGCCAGCAUACAUGAUGCCCCCAGCUCCACCCACACCCACACCUCUGCCCUACCUCACCUCUAUAGCAAUGCCCACGGGCACCCCAACACCAUCCUCCACUCCGAGCUCUACGCCUACACCCACGUACACUCCCACUCCGAGCACGCCCACACCAAGCCUGGCUCCUCCACUGCCCUCGGAGGACUUCCUGGUCCAGCUGCUGCGGGGCGAGGCGGAUGAGAGCCAGCUAUGCGCACACGUGCUAGCCAGCCUGCAUAGAGAGCAGGCCAGCCGCGGCAAACACGACUGCCUCAACACCUUCAGCAUCAUGUGCAAGAUUGCUGACCAGACGCUGUUCAGGCUCGUGGAGUGGGCCCGCAACAGUGCCCUGUUCAAAGAACUGAAUGUGGAGGAUCAGAUGGUACUGCUGCAGAGCUGCUGGAGUGAGCUGCUGGUGCUCGAUCACCUGUGCAGACAGGUGGCCUACGGGAAAGAUGGAGGCAUCUACCUGGUCACAGGACAGCAGAUUGAUGUCUCGACCGUGCUCUCUCAGGCUGGUGUCACUCUGAGCAGCUUGGUGUCCCGUAGUCAAGACCUCGUCUUCAAAUUAAGAUCUCUGCAGCUGGACAGACAAGACUUUGUGUGUCUGAAAUACCUGGUUCUCUUCAACCCCGACGUGAAGUCGGUGCAGGACCAUGAGCAGGUGGAGCGCACCCAGGAGCGGGUGAACCGGGCCCUGAUGGAGCACACGCUGUGGACGCACCCGGGCCAUUCGGACAAGUUCGGCCAGCUGCUCCUGCGCCUGCCCGAGGUGCGCAGCAUCAGCCUCCAGGUGGAGGAGUACCUGUACCAGCGCCACCUGCUGGGAGACCUGCCCUGCAACUCGCUGCUCACGGAGAUGCUCCACGCCAGGCACAGCUAGAACCAUCCGGGCACACUGGAGCAGGGGGGGGGAGUAGAGGACACGCCACUGAGAUGGUCGCUGCCAAGCACAGCUGGAGCCAGUUACCACCGGAAGACUGGACUGGAACAGAGAGGGGCAUAACUAGAUGUGAUCCCCCUUGGAGGAUAUCAACCGAUGCUGACUAAAUCUCAACAAUCUAUACUAUCCUGGCAUGUUUGAGGGUUCCCGUCCAGGGCUAAGCCUGCUGGAUAUUUCAGGGGUUUCCCCUCCGGCUACACCCCUCAGAGCAGACAACACACAGGUGCUCAGGUGUGAGUAAACACCUAAGCUCAUAGGUGAGAGUGCAAGGCUUUAAAUCUGGCCUUAACAGAACUAAAACUGGAACGAUAGCCAUAAAAGUCAUAGGGACAGGAGUCAUUGCAAACAAUGGAUAUGGACUGGAAUGAACUGUGUAUAUACUGAUAGCUUUUAAAAAUGGGGCCUUGAAGUGGUGCUCCGAGUCUUCAGUCUUCAGCACUUAACAGAUCCGCAUUCUGAUGGAACAAAUAGAGGAGAGAGAGAGCGCAAACACUACCAGGUUAUGAAUGUCUUCUUCACUUGCCAAAGCAUGCAUCCUUAAAAAAAAAUAUCUCUUGGAAAAAAGAAUUAUAAAUAAAGUGCUCAAAGGAACGCACUGUGACUACUAGUGCAA